GUCCGUGGGUCUGUAUCCCUCUAGGGUCUCUGCCAUUUCCAUCCCCUCUUCACCCAGCCGCCUCACCGAACCCUUUCUUAACUGUGCUAUCUCUCGCAGCAGGCAGUUAAAAUGCAAGGAGGACUGCGAUCAAUUUUGUCACAGGGCAGUGUCAUAAAAAAUGCUGUUCUGCAACGAGUUCGCAUGGUGAAUCCCCUGUUGCAGCCAGUUGCCUCUUCACGGUUUGAGUCUGCUGCACCUGCUCGCAUGGAGGAGCAUGGUUUUGAAAGCACCACAAUUGCAGACAUCUUAAAAGCCAAAGGCAAAAAUGCAGAUGGCUCCUGGCUUUGGUGCGCUACUGAUGACACUGUGUAUGAUGCUGUUAAAUCGAUGACUCAGCACAAUGUCGGAGCAUUGGUUGUUGUGAAACCUGGAGCAGAAAAGGCAGUUGCAGGAAUUAUAACAGAAAGAGAUUACCUCAGGAAGAUCAUUGUGCAGGGCAGAUCAUCCAAAUCCACCAAGGUCGGAGAUAUCAUGACUGAGGAGAAUAAACUCAUCACAGUCACCCCUGAUACCAAAGUUCUGCGAGCGAUGCAACUGAUGACAGAUAAUAGAAUCAGACACAUUCCUGUGAUUAACGAAAAGGGGAUGAUGGGCAUGGUAUCCAUUGGGGAUGUGGUUCGUGCUGUGGUGAGCGAGCAUCGUCAAGAGCUUGACCGCUUGAAUGCUUAUAUACAAGGAGGAUAUUAGAUGAUGAUGAUGAAAAGUUGAAAUCUUGAGGUUCACUUAAGAUCUGAGUUAUAAUUAUCUGUAGUAAGCUUGGAUGCUUUGUAAAUGUGAUGCUGGCAUUGUGUCGUAUGGCUUUGAGAGUCGUCUUGUUUGUUUCUUUGUAAGUUUGUAUGUCUGGUUUCAGACACACUCUGCCUGAGAAGCAUGCUAAUAAUGACUUGAAUUUCUCCCCUUUUCUGUAAUCUAUAGUCUUUUUCUCCUCCAAA